AUGGCAAGUCCCUUGGAAGAAAACAUCCUUGAAAAGGAUUUCAGGAUCUUAACAUCUCUAGGCUCUGGUGGAUUUGGGGAGGUGAAACUUGCCUGCCACCUUCCUACACAUACACAGGUGGCUGUCAAGGUCCUGGAGAAGAAAAAGAUUUCUCUAGCUCACAUCAACACUGAAGUAGAGAUACUUCAAUCUGUGGAACACAGAAACAUAGUUCAUUUCUUUCAUGUUAUUGACACAAGUACAAUAACUUAUUUGAUCAUGGAAUAUGUUUCAGGAAAGGACCUGGAUGUGUUCCUCCAGGAGAGAGACUUUCUAGAGGAGGAUGAGGCUAGACCAAUAUUCCAACAGGUUGUUUCAGGAGUUCAUUUUCUCCACCAAAAACGAAUCGCCCAUCGUGACAUUAAAUUGGAAAAUAUCCUUAUUGACAGAGCUGGCAAUGUCAAGCUCUGUGACUUUGGUAUGGCCAGACAGCUGGCAGAGGGGCAGAUGUUGGAGAAGGUCUGUGGUACCUUGCUCUAUUUGGCUCCAGAGAUUUUGGCAAGGAAACCCUAUGAUGGACUGGUGGGGGAUAUGUGGAGCUUGGGAGUCCUCCUGUAUGUACUGGUCACAGGAGAAUUUCCAUAUACAGGACCCACCCUGGAACAUAUGUACAAGGCCAUCACCACCACAAAGUAUCCCAUUUUCUGCUACAUGUCAAAACCCUUUCUAAUCAUCAUUGAACAAUUACUUAUGAUCCCCACCUGGGACAGGAUAACAAUAUGUCAGCUCCAGGAAAGACAAUGGCUGGGCAACAUUAAAGAACAUGCAGCACCUGCAACUAAGAAAAUACUUCCCAGGGUGGUGCGGACCAUGUGCACCAUGGGAUAUACCUGUGAAGACAUUGUAUCAUCCCUAAAACACAAGCAACCAAAUAAUUUAAUGGCUACCUUCAAUAUCCUCAAAUACAAACUGAGCUGUGGGGACAGCCAACAGCAAAGUCAAAAGCCCUGGUUAAAUGGCAGCCCUAUAGGUGCUGUUCGCCCCCUUCUCACCUUGAAGAGGAGAGCAAGUGAACCAGCCUUCCCACCAAGUACAGGAGAUGUGAAGAGACAUUUUCAUGAGGAGGCUGUGGAAGGAAGAGGCAGGAGAUGCCAAAGCUACAAAAUGCUCAACAGAUACUCACGCCUGAAAAAAAGCCCUGUGCAGAUGUAA